AUGGAAUACUUUAGUUUUCCUGAGGAAUCAGUGACAUUCAAGGAUGUGGCUGUGGAAUUCACCCAGGAAGAGUGGGUACAAUUGAACCCAUCUCAGAAAAAGUUGUAUAAGGAUGUGAUGCUGGAGAACUAUAGGAACCUGGUCUCUUUGGGAUUUCCAGUUUCCAAACCAGAUGUGAUCUACCAGUUGGAAAGAAGGGAAGCAUCUUGGAUGCCAGAGGCAGAUAUUUCAGGAAGCAGCUGUCCAGGGAGCAGAGAAUUUACUGGAGAUAAACCUCCUGAAUGUAAUGAAUGUGGGAAGGUCUUCAGGAGCAAGAAUCAUCUUGCUGUGCAUCAGAGAAUUCAUGCUGGAGAGAAACCUUAUGAAUGUAGUGAAUGUGGGAAGCCUUCAGGAUUAAGAAACAACUUUCACUACAUCAGACCAAAACUUUCUCUGCAUCAGAGAAUUCAUACUGGGGAAAAACCUUAUAAAUGUAAUGUAUGUGGAAAGGCCUUUACUUGCAAGACAAGUCUUAUUCAACAUCAGAGAAUUCAUACUGGAGAGAAACCUUAUGAAUGUAUUGAAUGUGGGAAAGCCUUCAGGAUUAAGAAACAACUUUCACUACAUCAGACAGUUCAUUCUGGAGAGAGACCUUAUGAAUGUAUUAAAUGUGCGAAAGCCUUCAGGAUUAAGCAACAACUUUCACUACAUCAGACAGUUCAUACUGGAGAGAAACCUUAUGAAUGUAGUGUAUGUGGGAAGGCCUUCAGGGUUAAGCAACAACUUUCACUGCAUCAGAGAGUUCAUACUGGAGAGAAACCUUAUGAAUGUAGUGUAUGUGGGAAGGCCUUUAGUAUUAAGAUACAACUUUCACUGCAUCAGAGAAUUCAUACUAGAGAAAAUACUUAUAAAUGUAGUAUGUGUGGGAAGGCCUUCACUUUGAAGGGAAGUCUUACUCGACAUCUGAUGAUUCAUACUGGAGAUAAUCCUUAUAAAUGUAGUGUAUGUGGAAAGGCCUACAGGAUUAAGAUAGAACUUAGAAUGCAUCAGAGAAUUCACACUGGGGAGAAACCUUAUAAAUGUAGUGUAUGUGGAAAGGCCUUCAGGAUUAAAAAACAACUUUCACUGCAUCAAAGAAUUCAUACUGGAGAGAAACCUUAUAAAUGUAGUGUAUGUGGAAAGGCCUACAGGAUUAAGAUAGAACUUAGAGUGCAUCAAAGAAUUCAUACUGGGGAGAAACCUUAUAAAUGUAAUGUAUGUGGGAAGGCCUUCACUUGCAAGAAAAACCUUACUCAACAUCAGAGAAUUCAUACUGGAGAGAAACCUUAUGAAUGUAGUGAAUGUGGGAAGGCCUUUAGGAUUAAGAAACAACUUUCACUGCAUCAGAGAAUUCAUACUGGGGAGAAACCUUAUAAAUGUAGUAUAUGUGGGAAGGCCUUCAGGAGUAAGUCAGGGCUUAUUGUGCAUCAGAGAGUUCAUACUGGAGAGAAACCUUAUGAAUGUAGUCAGUGUGGGAAGGCCUUUAGGAGUAAGUCAGGGCUUAUUGUGCAUCAGACAGUUCAUACUGGAGAGAAACCUUACGAAUGUAGUCAGUGUGGGAAGGCUUUCAGGAAUAAGUCAGGGCUUACUGUACAUCAGACAGUUCAUAGUGGAGAGAAACCUUAUGAAUGUAGUGAAUGUGGGAAGUCCUUCCAGGGUAAGUCAGAAGUUACUGUGCAUCACAGAAUUCAUACUGGAGAGAAACCUUAUGAAUGUAGUGAAUGUGGGAAGGCCUUCAUGUGGAAGGGAAAUCUUACUCGACAUCAGAGAAUUCAUACUGGAGAUAAUCCUUAUGAAUGUAAUGAAUGUGGGAAGGCCUUCAGGAUUAAGAUACAACUUAGCCUGCAUCAGAGAAUUCAUACUAGAGAGAAUCCUUAUAAAUGUAGUAUAUGUGGGAAGGCCUUCACUUGGAAGGGAAAUCUUACUCGACAUCAGAGAAUUCAUACUGGAGAUAAUCCUUAUGAAUGUAAUGAAUGUGGGAAGGCCUUCAGGAUUAAGAUACAACUUAGACUGCAUCAGAGAAUUCAUACUGGAGAGAAGGCUUAUGAAUGCAGUGAAUGUGGAAAGGCCUUCUGGAAGAAGUCACAUCUUACUGAGCAUCAGAGACGUCAUACUGAAGAGAAGCCUUAUGAAUGUAGUGAAUGUGGAAAGGCCUUCAGGAUUAAGUCAGGGCUUACUGUGCAUCAGACAAUUCAUAGUGGAGAGAAGCCUUAUGAAUGUAGUGAGUGUGGAAAGGCCUUCAGGAGGAAGUCACAUCAUACUAAGCAUCAGAAACUUCAUACUGGAGAUUUUCUUUAUGAAUGUAAGGAGUGUGGGAGGGGUUUCCUGUACAACUCAGACUUUACUCGACAUCAAAAAAUUCAUACAGUAGAGAAAGCUUAUGAAUGUAGUGAAUGUAUGGAGGCCUUCAGGAGUAAGACACUACUUUAUGUGCACCAGAGAAUUCAUACUGGGAAGAUGCUUUAUGAAUGUAAGGAGUGUGGGAAGGCUUUUGCCUGCAACUCAGCACUUAUUCGACACCAAAGUAUUCAUACUGGAGAGAAACCUUAUAAAUGUAGUGAAUGUGGGAAGGCCUUCGGGAUUAAGACAAAACUUAGUGAACAUCAGAAAAUUCAUAUUAGAGACAAUUCUUUUGAAUGUAAGGAAUAUGGGAAGGCUUUCCCCCACAACUCAGAUCUUAAUCGACAUUAA